AACACCAGGAUGUCCUAGUCCACAGAGGUUGGGGGGGCACACUCCAUAAUCUCUACUUUUCUUUUUAUGCAGCUGAGUCAUGGAGCUUUCAGCCCCAGCACGUGGCUCUUCCUUAACUGUGUCUGCUCAACCUCCCUCAGCCCUGUGAACAGCCUCCCCACACACAGACCACAGAGCAGGGCUCUCUCUGCUGCCACUUCACCUUCCUGAGACAGGACCAGCCGGCCAGAGCCUCAGUGACUGCCACCCUGGAGGACAGGGCACAACAGCCGUUUCUGGAGAGAAUGGGAGGAUUCCAGAAGGGCAAAUAUGGAAGUAUGGCUGAAGGUAGAUCAGAAGAUAACUUGUCUGCAACACCACCGGCAUUGAGGAUUAUCCUAGUGGGCAAAACAGGCUGCGGGAAAAGUGCCACAGGGAACAGCAUCCUUGGCCAGCCCGUGUUUGAGUCCAAGCUGAGGGCCCAGUCAGUGACCAGGAUGUGCCAGGUGAAAACAGGAACAUGGAACGGGAGGAAAGUCCUGGUGGUUGACACGCCCUCCAUCUUUGAGUCAAAGGCUGAUACCCAAGAGCUGUACAAGAACAUUGGGGACUGCUACCUGCUCUCUGCCCCGGGGCCCCACGUCCUGCUUCUGGUGAUCCAGCUGGGGCGUUUCACUGCUCAGGACACAGUGGCCAUCAGGAAGGUGAAAGAGGUCUUUGGGGCAGGGGCCAUGAGACAUGUGGUCAUCCUCUUCACCCACAAAGAGGACUUAGGGGGCCAGGCCCUGGAUUACUAUGUAGCAAACACGGACAACCGCAGCCUGAAAGACCUGGUGCAGGAGUGUGAGAGGAGGUACUGUGCCUUCAACAACUGGGCCACUGGGGAGGAGCAGAGGCAGCAGCGGGCAGAGCUCCUGGCUGUGAUCGAGAGGCUGGGGAGGGAGCGAGAGGGCUCCUUCCACAGCAACGACCUCUUCUUGGAUGCCCAGCUGCUCCAAAGAACUGGAGCUGGGGCCUGCCAGGAAGACUACAGGCAGUACCAGGCCAAAGUGGAAUGGCAGGUGGAGAAGCACAGGCAAGAGCUGAGGGAGAACGAGAGUAACUGGGCAUACAAGGCGCUCCUCAGAGUCAAACACUUGAUGCUUUUGCAUUAUAAGAUUUUUGUUUUUCUAUUUUUGUGCAGCAUACUUUUUUCCAUUAUUUUUCUGUUCAUCUUUCAUUACAUUUAAAUCUCUGGACCCUGGAGCACUUCUAACAUAUCACCCCGUGGAGUCAUUGUUCUAAUAAUCACCAAUUCAGACUCGGAUCCUCGUGGCCUGUGGAGCACGCUGCUUGCUGUCUGUGCAGCUUCCAUUUCGCCUUCUUCCUGAUAGACUUGGAGCUGUGUGCCUCCACUCCAAGGCUGCCUGCCUGCUGUAAACAGUAUCCCACUCUGUCUGCCAACGACUGCUUCAGGAAUGGGCCUGAGAUCCUAUGCAGAUCCAUGAGAAGUGAGUAAAAGUCCGCAGAGGUGGGGAUGGAAGGUCUCUCCUUAGAUAGAACCUGUCUUCGUCCCUGGCAUUGUGGGGUCUGGGCGUGACACUGGGACUGUCAGCAGCUUUGUGCUGCCAACCUGAGAUUGAAGGCAGUGCCUCAGAGCAGCACAGAGAGUUGGGGCCACAUGAGCCCUGAGCCACCAGCCCUGCAGCCUGCACUUCCAGUUGUGUUAGCCAAUAAAUUUCCUACUUAUUUAAGCUA